AAAUCAUACAUCGACACCCCGAUAACAUUUCAUACCAUCGCACUAUCGAGUGUUCUGCAGCUGAAAAACGCGUUCAAUAUUCGCAUAAUAUAUAUAAUGUAAUUAUAUGUAUUUAAUUAUACUACUUUAUUUCGUAUUAUUCAUAAACAUCCGUCGGUCCGGUCAGCUAUAUCCAAAAAUUGCUGAAGCCAGAGGAAAGGUGGAAGUUUUGCAUGCGCACUAGACACCUUGUCAACGCUAAUUCGUUUUUGUUGGACCCACACCAACGAAGCAGUCAGUGGCGAAGGAACGAAGAAAGCAGAAGAAAACCAGACAGGACCAGAGAAGAAGGAAGAAAACGCCAAGUAAACAGCAGUGCGGACAACGAGAAGAAACCCAUCGCAUCGCCUCGUCGAUUACAAUGGCUAAUAUGAUUAGCAACAGCCAAAACUCCAGCGCCAACAACAGCAGCAGCAACCAGAGCAAUAGCGCCAACUACACUUACAAAAACCACAACAGUGUGAGUGCGGACAGCGGAAACAGCAGCGGCGAGGCGCGACUUCGCGAUGUCUGCAACAUGCUCAACCCCGGGCCCAGCAGCCACUACAUGAUACCAACAGGUGGCUGCUCGUACGAUCACAUCAUUGCGCUGAUGCGGGACCUCGACCUGCAGGACGACGGAAUUGUCCUGAACGCCAAAAUCAAGACCAUCGAAACGGACUUCUGCAACAUUGUGCACGACGAAUCGAUGCUGUGCGAAUCCAUGGAGUAUAUGAACAGCAAGGCACUCGCGGAUGGCGAUACAGCGCUGAAGUUUGCCCUGCUAUUCUCGUCGCGGACCUUCGAUGCCCUGGCCAUGAAUUCGACCAAGGUGCGCAGCUCCAUGCUCAAGAUCCUAGAGACAAACUUCAUUAAUGCGGAUGCGUAUCGGCUGCGCGACAAGAAUCGUCUGUACAACUCGAUCACGCUGCUGGGCGAGUACUACCAUCGGGUGCGGCUGGCGGACAACGCUCCCAUUACCAUACUUGGCGAAUCGCUGCUGAAUCUGCUGACGCGCGAGCUGAACGACACCUCGGUGGUGAUCAAUACACGCCUGGCCCGUCUCGUUCUCUCACAGAUCACGCUCAACGGGGAGAUAAUGCGCAAGCGCCACACGGCGGAUAUCAACCAGCUGCUGUUCCACAUCAGACGACACCUGAUCAUGCAGCCCGCGCUGACGGCCAAGGUUAAGGCCAUGCUCCUCAUGGUCCUGGACCUGUUCUACAGUCACUUCAAGAACGUGGGACACGACCUGGAGGCCAUGUAUACCAACUAUUUGGUUGUGGAGGAGGGCGAAGAAGAUGGCGCCAAUAACAAUGGCUCCAGUGCACAAAAUUCCGCUGAAGAGAACGGCUCCAGUGCCAAUACCUCCGUCCAGGACCAGGAAACGUACGAGGGUAAAGCCACGACUAAAAAAUGGAGCGAGCAGGUCUGCGAGGACUCCUUCUGCGACAUUGGCUACGGCGAGGCAGAUCCGGGUGAACAAAAGUAUCAAGAAAAUGUAACAAAUUCCUAUCCUUCCAACACCGCCUCUGAGCCUGGCCCACGCCAUGUACGCCGAGGCUAUCAGCCGCGACAAGCACCAAGACCACUGAAGCUGCAGCAGCAUCAUCAGCAACCUUCAGCUAACGUAGACCCCCAGUCCGACCAAUAUCCCUCCAUGGCCAGCAGCGAAGACCGUGACGAGAGCAAGCCCCUGCCCAGCUGGCGGAAGACACGCUUCAAUCGCAACCACGAGGGCAACCAGAGUAAUGGUCGCUCGCGCGACCAACAGAGGCGCUACAGCGUAAGCUGCGACGACGACCAGCACAGCGUGCGCAGCGAAAGCGGAGGAAACUUACGCCUCUAUACCAUUCAAGACCGCAGGAAGCACUCGCAGGAGAGGCACGAGCGCAACAUGAGCGGCGGUGCCAACUACAACAGCAUUGUGAACUCCAAUUGGGACCAACGCGACCGAGACGAUCGCAGUGAGCGCUCCUACAUGAGCAACUACGAACGUGGCAAUAGCUACAAGCGGGGUGGACGCUUUAAUAAUCGCAACACCUACGACAAACCGCCGCGUUUCCAGAAGCAGCAACAACAGCUCCAGCAGCACCCAGGCGGUCCCCAGAAGAUACACAGCGAUACUUGGCGCCGGUCGAACACGGCCAUUAACAGCUCCUAUCAGGAUGAGAACUGUGCGUUCAACUCCAACGGUCCGGAGUCAAACAGUCGCAGCUCGUCGAGGGCCCGCACCCUGCCACGACCAGCCAAGUCACAAAUGGACAAACCCAAUACGUAUCGUUACAACCAGAGUCCUACUCGUGGAGGAGGAGCUGGGGGACCACGUAGCUUCCCCCGCUACAGCAGUCAGAGUAGUUUGGCCAGCGAGGCGUCCAGCACAUUCGAUCGACGCCAGCAAAAUUCGCCGCAUAAUCCGCAGCACCAGCACCAACGCCAUCGCAACUUCACACGCCGCUCACAGCCGGACAUCCAUCAGCCGCAGAACGAGGAAAACUGGGAACGCCGUGGGCAGGAACAGCCGCCGCCGGCACCCUCAGGCAAGGAGGAAAACGAGCUGGUGCGCAAUGCACAACAAACCACCAAGUACAUGAACUAUCUGUCCGCGCAGAAAUGAGACAGGCCGCCGGGAUGGCGAUCAACCCGGCGUCGGCGUCGGCGUCAAAAGCUGAAGGAAAAGCUGGCGAGCAUGGAGGGAUUAUCAUAAGUAAAAUACAUUUUAUAAACUAAUUAUUUUAGUUUGUAAGUCUAAAGCAGGUUUUUGUCCACCACUUCCAAAACUACUUCGAAAGCUAUUAACCCUAUUUAGAAUAUUUUCAAUUGUUCAUUGAAUUUGCUGUUAUGUUUUCCAAAUUAACUUGUGCAACUAGCUACGAGUAGACUGUUUUGUUUCCCGUCUAAACCUGAGCUCAAAUGUCAAAUUGUACCAUACCCCCAAUCUCUAGCCACCCUAUUUUCGUCUCCAAUCUGAUCCGAUCACAAGUAAUUCUCAAAUCCAAACAAAGGCUCAAGCAACACAAAACAACACACACGCAUGCAUGCAUCAUUACAUUACACAUCGGAUCCAAUCAACUUGUAAAUAUCAAUAUAGUAUAUACGAAUGUCUUAUCUAUGACUAUAGUCACACACCAUACACACGCACACCCACACCCACAAACAGUCACACUCAUUUUUAAAUAUAUAAAUAUACAAUUUGUUUAGAAACUAAGUACAAAAAGUCAAGGAAUCAAGAUAAAUCCUAUUUCUAUUGAAAGCGAAGCCCUGUUGGAUAAAUGUUACACACACGUUGAGCAUAUAAAAUCGUAUUUUAGCUAAAUAUAUACUUAUACAUAUAUAUACUAAAUGUCAUGUUACUGUGCAGAUUCAGCAAAUUUAUUAAACAAAAUAUACACAUCAUGCAUACAA